AUGUCCGACAAGGAAGCCCCCGCCACCGAGCAUCUGAACAUUAAAGUGACAGAUAACAACAACGAGGUCUUCUUCAAGAUCAAGCGCUCGACGCAGCUGAAGAAGCUCAUGGACGCGUUCUGCGACCGUCAAGGAAAACAGCCCUCGACUGUCCGCUUCCUCUUUGACGGAACUCGCGUUCGCCCCGAGGACUCCCCGGACACUGUAGGUUCCAUCGUCUUGUUUCUCUUCUUCACGGUGGAACUGCUCAAGACUAACUUUGACAAGCUCGACAUGCAAGACGGAGACACCCUGGAAGUCCACCAGGAGCAGAUUGGAGGAUGCUGA